AUGGCGAAGAAAGCAAGAAUUGUGAUCAUUGGAGCCGGAAUGGCUGGUCUCACGGCGGCUAACAAGCUCUACACGAGCUCCAACAACAACAUGUUCGAGCUCUCCGUCGUUGAAGGUGGCUCUAGAAUCGGAGGUAGGAUCAACACCUCCGAGUUCUCCUCCGAGAAGAUUGAGAUGGGUGCUACUUGGAUCCAUGGAAUCGGUGGAAGCCCUCUUUAUAGAAUCGCUAAAGAGACUGGUUCUCUUGUCUCCGACGAGCCAUGGGAGUGUAUGGAUUCCACCAUUGAUAAACCCAAGACAUUCGCUGAAGGUGGGUUCGAGAUUCACCCUUCGAUUGUCGAACCCAUCUCUGGAUUGUUCAAUGCUCUCAUGGAAUUAGCUCAGGGGAAAGAGAUCUCUCACACCGACGCCGAUUUCGCUCAUAUUCACGAAAUUGCCACUAGGUUUUGCUCUUCUCGUUUCAAUGGAACUAGCGUUGGUUCGUUUCUGAAAUCUGGCUUUGAUGCUUACUGGGAUUCAAUCAGCAAUGGAGGAGAAGGAGAGAAUGGAGUCGAAGGAUUUGGAAAAUGGAGCAGAAGAUCUCUUGAAGAAGCCAUUUUUGCUAUGUUUAGCAAUACGCAGAGGACUUACACAUCAGCCGAUGAACUCUCGACGCUGGAUUACCCGGCGGAGAGUGAGUACCAGAUGUUUCCAGGAGAAGAAAUCACCAUAGCUAAAGGCUAUCUCAGUGUUAUUCAUCAUUUGGCAUCUGUUCUUCCUCAAGGUCUUAUCCAAUUGAAUCGAAAAGUAGCGAAGAUCGAGUGGCAGAGUAACGAAGAUCGUCCUGUGAAGCUGCAUUUCUCAGAUGGGUCUAUUGUUUUAGCAGAUCAUGUUAUUAUUACUGUCUCUUUAGGUGUUCUUAAAGCAGGGAUUGAGAUUGAUCAUGAACAAGGAGGAGGAUUGUUUAGUCCUCCUUUGCCUGAUUUCAAAAUCGACGCUAUUAAAAGGCUAGGCUACGGAGUUGUCAACAAGUUGUUUGUUGAAAUGUCUCAGAGAAACUUCCCAUCUCUGCAACUUGUGUUUGACCGUGAGGAUUCCGAGUUUAGGUUCGUGAAAAUUCCGUGGUGGAUGAGAAGAACCGCGACCUUAGCACCGAUACACAGCAAUUCAAAGGUCUUGCUUUCUUGGUUUGCAGGCAAAGAAGCUCUCGAGCUUGAGAAACUAACCGAUGAGGAGAUCAUAGACGGUGUCUUGACCACUGUCACUUGCUUGACAGGCAAGGAAGUGAAGAAAGACACCGCAAAAACUCCAAGGCCACUGAUCAAUGGCUCUUUGAAUGAAGAUGAUGAAGUCAUGACAAUUACGAAGGUCUUGAAGAGCAAAUGGGGAAGUGAUCCUCUCUUCCGCGGCUCGUAUUCGUAUGUUGCCGUAGGAUCAAGCGGGGAUGACCUAGACGCUAUGGCUGAGCCAUUGCCAAAGAUUAACAAGAAGGGUGGUCAAGUGAAUGGUCAUGAUCAAGCCAAGGUUAAUGAGCUUCAAGUGAUGUUUGCAGGGGAAGCAACACAUAGAACUCAUUACUCCACAACUCAUGGAGCUUACUUUAGUGGCUUAAGGGAAGCCAAUAGGCUUCUCAAGCAUUACAAAUGUGAUUUUUGA